AUGGCGAAAUCUGAUUCUCUUCUUCUUCUACUCUCCACUAUCUUCGUCUCCACAUGGUCAGUCUCAGGUAAAGAAAAGAAUAGCAGUAGUGCGAUACAGGAUUGGAAUUGUUGUGCAGCGGAUAUAAGGAUUAAUCAAUGGCCGUCAGGAUAUACGGCUAUGAACAUUCCAAAGUUUACUGUUGAAGUUGUGAAUGAAGCUUGGAUGGCUACGGAUGGAGUGUUUGAUGUUCAUAUCUUCUGCGGUGAAUUUGCAUCGGCGACUCUUGUUAAUCCGAUGGUGUUUAGAAGAAUUGGAUUUGGUGAUUGUGUACUUAGAGAUGGAGGUAAGAUUGGAAUGGAUGAAAUUAUUUCGUUUGAUUAUUCGAAUAUUUUGCCCUAUCCUUUAUUUGCUGUUCAUGUUAGAUGCUAG